AUGCCGCCCAAGCUGUCUAAGGGUGAAAAACAAGAUCUCAUUCUGGCCCACCUACAGGCCACUGGCACCUGCCAUACGUUGAAAGACCUGGAAAAGGCGCUCCCGGCGGUGGCAUCGAUUCACAGCAUUCAGGUCAAAGAAUACAUACAAACGCUGACUGACGAGAACCGGCUGCGCGUGGAAAAGAUCGGCAGCGGGAACUGGUACUGGAGCUUCGGGACAGACGAGAGGCACACCCGCGAGCAACAGUUGGCCCGGGUGAAGACGGAGGUGGAGAAGGCUCGGAUAGCGCACACCGAGGCUGCCGCGGCGCUGGCCGCUGCGACCGCACAGCACCAGGAGGAAUCCGACCAGAUCGGCGAGUGCGAGCUCGAGGCCGCGCUGGGCAGGAAAACCGAGUUAGCGACGGAAGUCGACGGUCUCCGUGCCAGAGCAACAUCGGCGCACGACUCCCUAAGCCACAAGGGCGUGCAGCAAUUACAGAAGGAGCUAGCAGGGUUCCGGCAGCAGGCGCAGCAAUGGACGGACAACCUGUAUGUACUGGAGGGCUUUCUACGCCAAUUGGCCGGCGGGGACCGGGAAAUUGUCACCGCGGUGCUGCGUGAGUGCUAUGGAGCCGAGUACGUGGACGGGGAGGGCCUCCGAGAGCUGGACGAGGGUAUGGAUCCCUGA